AUGUCUCUAGAUCCCCCAACCUAUCUUUCCUCGCUCCAGAUCAACAUUCGCCAACGGCCAAUUCCCUGGGAUGGCGCUGUCCGAGCUGGCACACUCAGUGAAGAUCAAUUGAGCAAAAUCCGAGCUGUUGACAAGGUCAGGAAAGAGCAGAGGAAGGAAGUUGUGGAGAGCGAUCUGGCAGGGUAUCGUACUCUGUUCUUGGGCGGUGAUGGGAAGCCAAGUGUCUUUGAAUCGGCCGCAAAGCGCGAAAUUGUUGUCCAAUACACCUUGGUACUACUUGGCGACUUACUCGAUGGUAUCCCAGAAUUUGCGAAAGCUCUUUCUGAGCACCCAAAUCCAUACAAGCCUUUCCUACCUCUCCUGGCGCAAUCGAGCAACCCCGAGGACCCCAUUGGACUUCUCACUUCCACCGUCCUCACGAGCAUGAUCGCUGGAACACCAAACCUGUCAGAAAAAGCGGCAUCGGCAAUGCCCCCACUGCUGUCAUAUUUGUCGACAUUGACAAAAGCCUCGGAUGGAGGUCUACAAGAUAUUGCGGUGCUCGAAUAUUCUGCCCUACUACGGGGGAAGAAAGCAAGAGAGAUAUUCUGGAAACAAAGAAGUGAAACGGUGGCGCCUUUAAUUGAGAUUCUCCGAACCGCAGUAGGCGUUGGUGCGAAUGGGGAUCCUGCCUCGACGUUAUGGAGUGGUGCUGCUAGUGUACGAAGCGGCGCUGAAGGAACCUUAGGUGGCGGGGUCGGCUUGCAGUUACUCUACCACGUUCUAUUGGUUCUGUGGCAGUUAAGUUUUGAGGGGGCGUCUAUUGGUGAUGGUCUUGAAGACGAGUACGAUAUUAUUCCUCUUUUUACACAACUACUGAGACUAUCACCCAAAGAGAAGAUCACUCGACUUCUCUUAUCAUCACUAUACAAUCUUCUCUCCUCAAACAGGCAAUCUUUACUGCCUGCGGCAGUGCUUGCACGCCUCCCGACCCUCUUGCAAAACAUAAGUGGCCGUCAUCUCACAGAUGAAGACCUUCUGGACGACCUGAAAAAACUUAGCGAUAUGCUUGAUGAGUACACGAAAACACAGACCACGUUUGAUGAAUAUGUGGCCGAAGUAAAUUCUGGGCAUCUCCGGUGGUCACCACCGCAUCGACAUCCCACGUUCUGGGCAGAGAACGCGCGGAAAAUUUUCGAAUAUGAGAAUGGCGAGUUGCUCAAAAAGCUGGCAGUUAUCUUGGGUAAAUCUUGGGACAAUGAUAAACAAGUCCUUGCUAUUGCAUGCAAUGAUGUUGGAUGCCUGGUAAAGGAGGUUCCCGAGAAGAGAUACCAAUUGGAGAAGUUGGGUUUGAAGACGAAGGUUAUGGAGUUGAUGGCUGACUCAGACGAGACUGUCAGAUGGGAGAGUCUGAAUGCUCUGUCGGGAUGGUUGAGGUACAGCUUUGAGACGAAGUGA